GGAAAGCCGCGUGUGCGUGUGCGCAUUUGCGGGGUAAAUACUACCAAGCACGGGCGGGUUUCACAUCACGGCGUCGAGGCGCCCCGUUUCUUGCGAAUUAGCGAGACGUUUCGCGGCCAGCCCCAAUGGGUGGCCUCCGCUUGCGCCUGCUCGCGAAUUGCCUCGUGCUGGCUGCUCUGAGUCUUCGCGUGAGCUCGCAAUGUGCAUCGUUCUUCAAUGAGACUGAUGGUCCCAUGUGUGGCAAUAUCUGUAAAGAUGAAAGUGUUAAGGUGAGGAUCAGUCUGAAGAAGCAGCUGGGUGAGAAUGCGUAUGUGUGGGACGACUCGGAGCUCUUUCUCUUCCGAAGCGCCGUCGCCUACGCGAUGCGUAAAAGCCCCGAGCAGCACUCCGCCUUCACGACCGAGCACGUGAUCGUCUGCGCCAAGACGGAGAGAAUCUCAUUCUACUUCGCGGUGAUGAAUCCGAACCGGACGAGUACCCUGGUGGAGAAGCAGCAGCUGGUGCGUGCCGUCAGGUUGUCGCGCCCACGCAUGAACCGGGCCUUCAUGCUGGACGUGAGGACGCUGGAGUUCGUGGGCAUCAAGCCGACGCUGGCUCCGACGCGCUCCGCGUUCAAGGACACGUGGCUCGUGGCCUACGGCGUCGUGAGCGGCGUUUCCUUCCUGGCAAUGAUGGCCCUCUUCGUGGACGCGUGGCGCAAGCGAUACAGGCAGAGAAGAGGUCUUGAUUCAGAGGCCACCGAUCACCCCGCAGACGGACUCCCCACAGCGAUCAGCGUUACGACCCAGUACAACGGAGAUGCCCUCACCGCCCUCUAGACCACCAUGGCGAGAUGUUCACUCCAUCGCCUGGUAUGCACGAGGUUCGUGGGUUCGAUCCCGACCACGACGCUUGCUGUAUAUUUGGAGUUUGCACGUUCCCUCUCCAUGUGGAUUUUCUCUGGGUCCUCCUGUUUUUCCCUUCACAUGCGGAAUCAACGUGUGUUUAGAGUAUUUGGCUGCGAUACAUUUCGACGUGAUAAGCCACUUCGUUGAGCUAUCAUUUGUGCUCAGUCGCUUCUGAGAAAAUGCUAUGUACAGUAGCUCAGUGGGCCUUACCUGGUAAAAUUUUAAAAAGUUUUAAAGAGUUUGCUGAGGGCCUAGUGCCCUUAUCGUUUUCGUUUGCAUAGUGCAUACCAUCCCUCUACCAUUUUACCACCACCCAUGCCCCAUUCCACACUCUCUAUUGUCAUUCACCUUGGUUUUUUGUUCAGUUCUAACUUAAAAUGUGGUAUACUAAUUGUAAAGCUAAAUCAAAGUGAACAUUAACAAAGCCUUUUUUUUACUCGCUUGUAUUUAGCUCACUCUGUUGUUGUUGUUGUCGUAUCCUCAAAUCUUGUAACUCAAUUUUAACCUCCUUCCCAAUGUGGUAUCGACUGCAAACUUGGUAUACUUAUGUCAUCCUGAUGACAAUACUAUAUUCUAUCAUUAAAAUUAAAAAAAUGUAAAACCAUCUUUUUUAUAUGUUGUGUUUCGGCUUGGGUCUAAUUGUCCACGCUCAACUGACGUUGGCUGUAAAUCACCACGGUCCCUUACGUUAUGGCAAGCCUCGGGGCCACUUCCUGGAGUCGUGGAGUUCUGCCAUUACGAGUACGGUACAUUUAAUUAAAGCGUGUUUUUAAAAAAGUAUUUUAAAUAUUACUUUUUAUAUUCUGGCAUUAAUCCGACAGGUGCUAUGGAUUAGGAUGUAUCAUCAGCGUUGUGUUUCAACCAUUUUUAUAUUUGUGGCCUUGAGCUGUAGCCUCUAAAAACCUCUGCGUUAAUGCGGCCCUGCUCACUGCCACCCACAGGAUUGCCCCAUGUGUUGUACUGCAUCCCUUAAGAGUGAAAAAAAUUUGCAUAAGGGGCCGUCCAUAA